UGUUUAAAUUUUGGUCUUUUUCUUCUAACUCAAAUAAUCCUAACAAUGUGAUGAGUGAUUCAGACGAUACGGAUGUUUUGUUGCUAAUUCCGCCGGAUUACUUCAACAAAGUCGAAGGAACGGUUGCAAACCAAGCUGUGCAAUAUUGUGCAGUGGAUUUUCCUUCAUACAGCGAAUUCUCACGUUUGUCGGACCUGCAUAACAGCAGCCGUUCGAUGUCAUAUGCAGCCAGUAAUAACGAGUCCCAAUCAGGGAUUCAAUCUUACCGAAGUACCAUUGCCACCACUGCCACGAAUGGAAACGGAGGCUUCAAUAACGCUAUGGGCGGUUACGGGUUUCAAAACUUUUACUCUUCCACGCCUCUUAAGGGCCCUCUGGAUGUUCCGUCAAAAUUGCAGCUACCAGGCAAUAAUCAGAAUGUACUGAGCGAAAUUGACCAGUUUCUCAAAGUGAGUAGCAACAGCAACACAAUCCGUGCCCCAGUGGAACUCGAGAAAAGCCCGGAUAAUUCAAUCAUAGACAUGAAUAACGUUUCGUUGCGCGAGAUUCCAUCUCUCACGGCAAGUGACUUUAAUUCUUUCAACAAAGCAACCGUACCUCAAAAGCCACCUCGGAAGGAUCCUCCGGCACCGUCCGUUGUGAGUAAGCUGUCGUCGAUAAGCUCUCGUACGCCCCUGCUUAGCUUGAGCGAAAUUUGGAACAGCAAUGUGAUCAACCAGGAAAGCUCCAAGGUGCAGGAAGAGCGCCUACGUCGGCAGCACUGUGAGCGUAAUAUUCAGGCCCUACAGGGUAAGAUUUUGGAAUACGAACAGAAGAUCGCGGUGGCCAUCGAUGUGGACAAAGAAAAGGAGGGAAUUAUCCUGAAACUUGAGGACAAUGCAAUACGCUUGGAACGUCGGGUGCGCGAGCUGGAGCAAACGCAUGCCGAAAGUCACGAAAAACUUUUGCAGGAAAAUCUUGAAAUUAAAAACAAAAAUUUGUUUCUUGAAAAAGAAUUAUCCGAUACAAUAGCUGCCAUCCGUCAGUUGCGAGAUAAAAACGAGACACUUGUAUCGAAGAUAGAAAGCGUAACAACUGCCAACCAGGACGUGGCUGACGUUCAUAAAAAUCAAUUAAAAGAUUUGGAAAUUCGGCUUUCCAAUAGCAAAGAGAGCGAACGAAGCUUGAAAGAACAACUGACCAGACUGAAAAAAUCCAAUGAUCAACUAAAAGAUGAGUUCGAAGUGGAACGAAAAAAAACUGAGGAAUGCAACAAAUUGAGAGCAGAUUUUGCGUCUUUAAAAGUCAAAUCGGAUAACCUGAGUCGCAAGCUUAAUGAGUCUAACGCACAGAAUGAAUCCUACAGGACACAAAUCCAAGACCUAAAAACUGAAAGUAGCACUCAUCUAGAAGAGAAAAGGAAUCUCCUGAAAGAGCUGGAUGUGCAACGACUUUCCUUAAAAAAAUACUACCAGUCACAGUUGGAAGAUGUUGUAUCUGACAAACUAAAAGAAUUUCAGAAAGAGUUGAAGUCUGUCGAAGAACAGCUGAGGGAUGAAGCAAAGCGAAAAGAAAGACUUCUCGCUGAAAGAGCAAUCAAGCAAAUUGAACUAAUCAACCAAACUAAUGAACAAGAAAUCAAACUUUUGAAUGAAAAAUACUACGAACAGGAAUCCCUUUACCGACUUCAGUUAGCCAAUUCGUCUAAAACUAUCCACGAGUUGGAGAGUAAACUUGCUUCGUAUCAAAACCGGCGGGCUGACAUCGCCGAACAGCUGCACACGAUCAUGGAAGCGCAGUGGCAGAAGGCGCUGGAAGUGCUAACAUCACCGUCUUCUGCAGCCUUCGACCAAAGCGGUCAGCAGACGCAAUCCCGUUUCAGUAAAUUGUGCGUUGAUCACAUCGAUAAAGAUCAACUGGAUGGCGUUAAAACGCUCAAGAGCGUUGCUGAGAAUGAAAUAUUCCAGACACCGAUCAGCAGCCGUCAGCAGAAGUCAGGUGAUAGAAGCAGUCUGCCGAAAGAUUUGCUACAUAAUUACAUUGAACUGCUGUUGGAAAAAUCUCCGAAUGAUUUGCAAGGUUUGGAAAAGCUACUAGCUGCUGAGAGCAGAAAAGAAUCCAAGGAAUGCAAGGAACGGCCGUCUAUGCUGCCGGCCGGAAAACCGCAGACAUUGGAGUUCAGUUCGACGGGUAAUGUAAGUAGGACCAUUGGUAAAACACCCCGACCGUGGAGGUGAUUUUUUGUUAGUUUUUAAAUUGUAGCAUAUUUUUAC